UGUCACUGUCACUGGUGCCGCCACCUGUUAACACUGACGUCGUUUUAAGAGCAAGCAAUAUCAUACGGCCCAAAAAGCACCAUGUGUAGUCCAAUGCCGGCGCCUAUUUGUUUGGUGGAAAAUGUGAAUGGUUCACUGCUUGUGAGUGACAGUGCUAUAACGUAUCUGCGUGGGAUCAGCCAGCCAGUGGUGGUGGUGUCUAUAGUAGGGCUUUACCGCACUGGAAAGUCUUACCUAAUGAACCGACUUGCAGGAAAAGAAAGAGGAUUUGCUUUGGGCAGCACCAUAGAAUCAAAGACUAAAGGUAUUUGGAUGUGGUGUGUCCCUCACCCUGCCAACCCUAACCACACCUUGGUGCUUCUGGAUACAGAGGGACUGGGGGACAUUGACAAGGGUGACUCUAAAAAUGAUGCCUGGAUCUUCUGUCUGGCUGUUCUUCUCAGCAGCACUUUGGUCUACAACAGCCGUGGAACUAUCGACAACCAAGCACUGGAGAAUUUACACUAUGUCACUGAGCUUGCAGAACAGAUUAAGAUCAAAUCACCUGCAUCUGCACAAGCUGAGGAUGAGGAUGAGGAAGACUUCCAGUUUGUGCGGUUCUUUCCUAAUUUUAUCUGGACAGUACGAGACUUUGUUUUGGACCUAGUGAUUGAAAACAAGGGUCAAGUGAGUGAGGACGAGUACUUAGAUUUUGCACUUCAGCUGAAGAAAGGCACUGGGAAAAAAAUCAGCAACUACAAUCUUCCAAGACAGUGUAUUCGAAACUAUUUUCCAACCCGGAAAUGUUUCGUUUUUCCGUUACCUGCCACCCAGGACAAAAUGACUCGCCUUGAGAGCCUAAGUGAAAAUGAUAUAUGGCCUGAUUUUCUUAAGGUGACACAGCAUUUCUGUGACCAUGUCUUUACUGUAAGUGAAGUCAAAACACUGAAAGGAGGACAAAGAGUCACUGGCAGGAUGUUUGGUCACCUGGUUCAGUCGUAUGUGGAGACAAUCUCUAGUGGCAAAGUUCCCUGCCUGGAGAAUGCUGUGGUUGCUAUGGCAAAAAUAGAGAACCAGGCAUCUGUGGAGGAAGCAGUUAAACUAUACCAGAGUGGGAUGGAACAGGUGAAAAUUUUGUUUCCUGUCGGCUUGAGUAAAAUUUAUGAUGAACAUCAAAAGCUCACCAACAUGGCCACAGCUGAGUUUACGAAGCACUCUUUCAAAGAUGAACAAGGAGAAUACCUCAAAAAGUUGACUGAGGAAAUAGAAAAACACUUUGCUGAGCUACUUGUUCAGAACAUGGAGAAAUCAGAGAUAAAAUGCCAGAAGCUGUUGUCUGAUCUGUACCUGGAAAUCAGUGAGCAUCUGCAGCAGGGGGAGUAUGCAAAGCCCGGAGGAUAUAAACUAUAUAGCAAACACAAAGAGAGCAUCAUCAACAAGUACCACAGCCAGCCUGACAAGGGAGUCAGUGCUGAGGAUGUGUUGGGAAAGUUUCUUAAUGAAAAACGCACAGAAGCAGACAUGAUUCUCCAGACUGACACUAAACUGACAGUACAAGAGAAAAAAAUAGAAGAGGAAAAAGAACGAUCAGCUCUGUUGGAUCUGAAGUGUAAAGCAGAAAAUAAAAGAAUCCAGGAGCUAGAAAAAAUGAUGACGGCAGCGAAACAGCACAGUGAGGAACUACUUCAGCAGUUUAUGAAAAAGUUUGAAGAGGAGAAUCUUCAGCAGAAGCAGGAGCUGGACAAAGCUGUGGAAAAAAAGAUGCAUGAUGAGAAAGAACUUCUUCAGAAAGGCUUUGAGGAGCAGGCACAAAGUUUGAACAGGGAAGUUCAGCAACUAAAAAAACAGAGUGAAGAGGUUUCUAGCAGUAAUUAUAUGGAUUACGCCAAGUAUGCUGUGGACGUUGGCAAAGAUUUAUUGGCCUUAUAUUUACAGUACAAGGUAGGUAUACAAAUGUCAGGUUUAAAAUUACCUAUUUAGAUAGGAUGACCUUUUUUUGGUUUACAAAAAAGAGGACACUUGUGGUAGGAUGUCAGCAUAGAGCAAAUAAACACCUGCA